AUGCAGCCAGCACGACCCCAGCUCGGGGGCAGGGCCCCUGGCAGCUUUGCGCCCCUGCCUCGAAACGAGCCGACCCAGAGCCAGAGCAGCAGCAACAACAACACCGCCAACUCCAACACCUUCAGUAGUAAUAGGAGCCAAAGCGACUACCAGUCCUUUUCCUCCUCGAGUGCUAAUGCUGCCGCUGCCGCCGCCGCCGCAUCUGCAGACCUGCCCCCCCCUCAGCGCCCGCGAGUGCGACGGGUCGAAUCAUCCUCGAGCGAAGACUCCGUCUCCGUGCAUAUCGCGAAGGCACGCAGCCCUACGUCACAAUAUAACCCACAGUUCCCACAGCAGGCAUCAUCGCCGGCGACUGGCUCGUCCACUCCCGCCUACCCAGGGUUCACGACUGCCCAUUCAAACUCGAGCGCUGCCAGCCUGCAAAACUUCUCCCGCCCGACCCCCUCGCCCCUCGCCAACGCUGCUGCUGUCGCAGCGAGGUCAGUGGCCGGUAGCCAUGACCCACAACUCCGCAACGCUUCGCCUCUGACCCUCCCUCCAUCGAACGCAGGCACCGCCAGCCUGAGCAGAUCCCUAGGCCACUCGCGCAAGCACUCGCAGAACGCCGGUGUCUUCGAGCCCUCCCUGCCCUCUAUAUCCACAUCAAAUUUAUCGAAUUACGGCGGCAUGUCUCAGCAAUCGCCCAGCCAGCGCGACCUUCCCGCGAGCCAUAUUGCGGCACAGGCCGCCGUCCUAAGCCACCAGCAGUCGCAGCAGAUGCUGCAGCAUUCAAGACAGCGCUCACAGACCGUGCCUACACCAGGCGAACACUACGAGGCCCCACAGCCCACAGGCAAGAGAGGGAGCGGUUCAGCUCUGAACCCCCCGGUGCUGAGCUUGACAGAGGCGAGCGCUCCGAGAGAAACAGGAUUUGGCAGCCAAGGGUACCACAACGGCCUGCUUGGGAGCAACGCUGCCACGACGGCGGCCAACGUUGUCUUCCCCAGAUCUGGGCAGACGUCGCCAAUAUCUCAAAUACCGCCCCAGCCCCCGCCUCCGCCGCCACCGCCUCUGCCCGAGAAGAAACCAGAGAAGUCGUCCAAAGUAAAGCUGUUCUCUCGGCCUGGCAAGAUCGGCACCAAGGGGGAGUCGAAGGACAAGCCGCUGCCCAGUCCGAGCAAGAUUGGUUCGGCACUUUCAGCCUUGCAGAGGGCCAACUUCAGCACUACAAGUCUGGACUCGACAGGCCAGUCUUUUUACAACAUGGCGAAUGCCUCAUCGGCGACAAUUCGACCGGUGGACCAGCCUGCUGAGAAGGAAGGCAAGGAGAAGAAACACCACUUUUUAUCCAGGCAAAGGAUUAAGCCCAAGGACAAGGACGACUACCAUCUACAACUAUCCUCUGCAGCGAGCAACUCACGACCCACGGAUCCAAGUGCUCCGAGCAGUAUAUAUAACUUCAACAUACCAUCUAGUCCUGGUCCGAACUCGAGCACAUUUAGCGCGGGAACAUUCAAGAACAUCAGUGGACUCGACCUACGGCAUGGUGGACGCGCCCUUAGACACGGCCGCAAGGAAGAAAAGGCCGAAACGAACGAAUCUAUUAGCAAUCCAAGCGAGUGGGCCGGACCAGGAAGCUUGGGUUCCCUGAGUGCGCAUCCCAUGUAUCAGGAGCCCAUUGAUUCGGCCAAGUAUGGCCUCAAUAGCAUGUCUCUGGACGAUGCUUGGCCGUAUCUGAGAGCUAAGCUCCUGGUCAUCUUUGAGGCUGAAGAGCUGAAGCUCCCAAUCGAGGACUUCAACCGCAUUGUGAUAUUGCACCUCCAAUACUGCAUACAACGAAGAUCUCCUAAUAUGGUGUUGGAAGAUCUCCGUGGACUGCUGCAGACAGGCUUCCUCAGUCUUGACCGAAACCUCCUUAGAGGCGCGGAAGACCGCCUCAUACCCGCACUGGUAGACGCCUGGAUGACCGUCUUCACGCACAUCACGCCCUGUUUGCAGGCUGUCUUCCUGCCCCUGGACCAGGAAUUCGCCGGCAACGGCACGCUUAUGACACCAGAGCAGGCGCGCGACUUCUGGGGCGGCGUUAUCGCGAGCUCGCCAGCAGGCGACGGCAACGUCAACCUCGCGCCGGCGUCUGCGGUGCUCGACAUUCGCACUUUGGUGCUCACGAGCUUCCGGGACGUGGUCAUCCUGCCGCGGUACGAGAAGCUCAAGACCAUGUUCUCGCGGCUGUCGCUCGAACACCUGCCGGGGAUGGCGCUCGCAAGCCCGAUGCAGGCCGACACUUUCAUGUCCACCUCCCCCGGUACAGAGUCGGCACCCGGGUUCCCAUACACGCCGCAGCAGAGGCCGGGCACAGCUAUGUCGCUGGACCCCUCGACGGCGAGCUACAACUCAACCUCGACGACGCUGCUGGGCGACCUGGCCGCGGGCGGGCGCAGCCGUGGCCUGUCCAACGUCUCGUUCGCGUCGAGCGGGGCGCACAGCAACGGCGGGUCCGACUCGCUGAACAUGUCCUCGCUGCGGCCGCCGAAGCUGACGCCCGGGACCAGCAGCCUCAGCCUCGCUGGGAGCGGUGCCGCGGGCGCGGCGUCCUCGUCUACGUCGCUGCUCGGCCUGUCGCUGCGGGAGCAGAACGUCGAGGACAGCAAGCAGGUCACCGAGAUGGUCGGGCGGAUGCUGCAGUGCAUGAGCGUGCUGGCGGGGACGGGCCAGGGCGGCGACGAGGGCACGACGAUGGUGCAGGAGCUGAGCCGGCUGCUCAAGCUCAACUGGCUCGGGAGGGGCCGCACGGGCAGGAACAGGAGGGGCAUCGUCGGCGGGCGGGUCGCGCGAGGCAACAGCAACAGGGAGGAGAUCAGCGUUGCUUAG